UCUCUUCUCUCUCCUUCUCCGUUCUGCAACGUUCUCAAAUCUCUUCCACUUUUGAACAUCUCCAAAAUAGUCUUGUUCUUCUUUCUUCUCCUUCUCUCUCUACACACUUCGAAUUCAACAAUGGGCGUCGAAAACUACCACGUGAUUGAACUCGUAGGCGAGGGUUCCUUCGGGAAGGUAUACAAGGGAAGGCGCAAGCACACGGGGCAGACCGUUGCAAUGAAGUUCAUAAUGAAGCACGGGAAAACUGAGAAGGAUAUUCACAAUUUAAGGCAGGAAAUCGAGAUCUUAAGAAAGUUGAAGCAUGGAAAUAUUAUUCAAAUGCUUGAUUCCUUUGAAAGCCCGCAAGAAUUUUGUGUCGUUACAGAAUUUGCACAAGGUGAGCUAUUUGAGAUUCUCGAAGAUGAUAAGUGCCUUCCGGAAGACCAAGUUCAAGCAAUUGCAAAGCAAUUGGUAAAAGCUUUACACUAUUUGCAUUCCAAUCGGAUCAUCCAUCGCGAUAUGAAGCCCCAAAAUAUUCUAAUUGGUGCUGGAUCUGUUGUCAAGCUUUGUGAUUUUGGGUUUGCACGUGCAAUGUCCACAAAUACAGUUGUUUUGCGAUCAAUAAAAGGCACUCCGUUAUAUAUGGCUCCAGAGCUUGUACGUGAACAACCUUACAACCACACUGUAGAUUUAUGGUCUCUUGGCGUCAUACUGUAUGAGUUAUUUGUUGGCCAACCACCAUUUUACACAAAUUCUGUAUAUGCUCUCAUCAGACACAUUGUCAAGGAUCCUGUUAAAUAUCCUGAUCGCAUGAGUCCAAAUUUCAAAAGCUUUUUAAAGGGUUUGCUUAACAAGGCACCGGAAAGUCGUCUAACUUGGCCGGCUCUUCUUGAGCAUCCAUUUGUUAAGGAAACCUCUGAUGAACAUGAGGCCAGGGAAUUGCGAGAGAUAAAUGGUUCACGCAUGCGCAGUGAAGCUGAACGGAUGGUUGAAGGGAAAACCAUUCAAACUCCAACAGGCAAAAACAAUCACAUGGCAGGUAUGGAGGGGCAUAUUGCUUCACCGCUUCAGAGUGAAGCUCAGUUAAAUGGUCAUAAUAUAGACAGAACUAACUCUUCAGUGCUUGAUGAUUCCCCGGGAUUUUCAAAUCAAAAUAUCGGAGAGUCAGGCUGCCAAAGAUUGGACAGACUUGAAAAUAACUCUCGCACAGUCAAAAGUGCAAAAAUAAUUGGUCAAGAUAAUGAAGCGUUGGGACAUAUUCUGCUACCACUGAAGAAAUGGUCAAAAGGAUCUCAAAAUAUUUGCAGUGAUCAAGAUGUUCCUCAAUCAAAUCAGUCAUUGAGGAUUCUCUCAAACCUAGUUGCAGCUGGUGCCUUCAAUUCUAGUGGACGAAUAGAUGAAUUAAUAAGAGAGCUUCUUGUGUUUACUGGAUCCAUUAUUGCCAUUAAGUCCUCUGAAGUUACUGACAUGAUAGCAAAGGGUUUCUCUAUCACUAAGAUUUUGCUAGAUAACGGCGGAAGUUGCUCUUCAAGCUCUUAUCUAAGUCACUGGGUUGAAUUUGUUGAGAUCUAUUCUCAGGUUGUAGCAUCAAAUAAUGAUGCAUCUGGAAGAGUUCUCUAUGAAUCCAGUGCUUGCAUUACAGUCAUGCUGUCUAGAGUUGCUCAGGUGCUCAAGUCAUCUCAAAUUUCAGGCCAAGAGACAUCGAAUGAAACAGCUAACAGAAUUUUAGACCACGCAAAAACAAUGGGUUUAGUGGACCAUCUAUGUUUGUGUUUAGCCACAUCUGGAUCGAGUCUUAUUUCAGGUUCUUCCAACAUGCUAAGGGCUGCUUCUGAAGCAUGCAGAGCUAUCUGGUCUUUGAUUAAUGCACUGGAUAUUCUUUUUAUGAAAAAAAGUGCCAUUUUGUUUCCCAUUAAUGCGUUGCGCAGUCAUUCUUUGCAUAGGAUGGAAGUUGUGCAACAUGAGCAAAAUCUCUUUGACAAAGCAGAUUCAACAAAAAUUGUUGAUGCAAUGACAAGAGCAUUUCUUAGAUCUAAAGCUGUCCAGGUUGCUGUUUACUAUUGUUUUCACCAACGACUUGAGUCAGCAAUGAAUUGUUGUCUUCAGCUUUUGUCAAGGUGCUGCCUACACAAUGAAAUUGUUCCAGCUCUCCUUUGUGGUCUUCCCAGUUCCCUUCCGGUGACUACUGUUGUUAGUGGGGGUGGUGAUGGAACUAUUGUUUCAGAAGUUUUCACUGUUUUAUCAUUAUGCAGUUCUUCUGUUAACAAAGACGCUCAGAGUAUAGAACCAAGUAAUGUAAAGUUCAAAUUAACAAAUCCUUCUGCUCUGGUUCGUCAUUCAUGUCUUGUUCUCGCAAUAAUUGCUCAGUGUUUGAAGUCAACUGGAAGAAAUUCAGCAAUGUUUAUGCUCACUACCGCACCAAAGAAGCAGCUUGCUCGACUUUCAGUGCUUUCAAAUCAUAUUACUUCUGAUGAUAAAAUAAAAGCCUCCAUCGAACCUCAAAGUGCAUCAGCCAUGUUAGCUUUGGCAUCCAUUCUGUCUCUCGAAUCUGGGGCUUUAGUUGAGUCUCAAAUAUCUGAAAUUGCAUUGCCUUUAAUUCCUCGAACCUCUACACUAAGUGAUCUUCUUAAAUUUUCAUCUGGCAAUGAAAACGAAUUGGACCCUUGCAACUUCAGUGGGAAACUCUCAUAUUGGCAAGGGGUAAGAGAUGGGUAUGUUGGUCUUUUAGAUUCCAGACUCAAGUUGGGAGGACCAUUGGCUGUUCAGCAGUUGUGUGCAAGUGGCAUUCCUCUACUUCUUAUGGGCUUAUUAGGCAAUGAUGUUUUAAACGCAUCUCAUGGAACUGAACAUCAAAAUGAUAGAGUUGGAUUGUCUCCUAUUGGUGUUGUAUGGACAAUUUCAUUAUUAUGUCAUUGUCUUUCUGGAGGUGCUUUGAUAUAUCGUCAAAUUUUGAUUAGGAAUGAACAUAUUAAGCUCAUUUCUAACUUGAUAUGUGAUGUUCAUAUCAAGUUAGUGAAAUGCUGGAUCGGACCUGGUGGAGGGAAAGCAGGAGUCAGAGAUCUAAUAAAUGCUGUGAUAGAUAUCUUAGCAUUUCCUUUUGUUGCUCUUCAAAAUGCACCUGGCUUGCCUUCAGCCACUGCUUCUGUCAGCAGUGGGUUUCUUCUUAAUAUGGGCUCCCCUGGUCAGAGAAUAUGCAUGGAAGAUAAGGGUAUAGUUAAGGCAAUUGAAGAAGACAUGGGGAAAUAUAUUAAGAUACUUGUGGAGGUUGGUGUGCCUAGUAUUAUACUUCGCUGUGUAGAUCAUAUGGAUUUGAAUGAUUUGGGUAGGCCUGUCGCAUUUCUGGCUAAGAUGGUCUGUCACCGUCCUUUGGCAAUCCAACUCGUGAGUAAAGGCCUUUUGGAUCCAAAUAGGAUGAGAAAGUUGUUUGACUGUUCGGGCCCAAAAGAAGUCACACUUGAUGCUCUUAUGAUUAUUUCUGAUCUGGCUCGCAUGGACAAGGCAUUCUAUGAGUACAUUAAAGGUGCUACUAUUUUGGAGUUCUUGAAAGAUUUUCUUUCGCACGAGGAUCCCAAUGUGCGUGCCAAAGCCUGCAGUGCUCUUGGAAACAUGUGUCGUCAUAGCGCCUAUUUUUAUAGUUCACUUGCUAGACAUCAAAUUGUUGGUAUCCUUAUCGAAAGAUGCUCUGAUCCAGACAAACGAACACGAAAGUUUGCUUGUUUUGCUAUUGGAAAUGCGGCUUACCACAAUGACUUGUUGUAUGAAGAGCUGAGGAGAUCGAUUCCUCAUUUAGCAAAUUUGUUACAAAUGGCUGAGGAAGAUAAGACUAAGGCAAAUGCAGCAGGAGCACUUAGCAAUCUGGUUCGCAACUCUGACAAGCUUUGUGAAGACAUCGUAGCUAAAGGAGCGGUUCAGUCUCUGCUGAAAUUAAUUUCCGAUUGUGCGGUAUCAGCCCUAAAUCCAGGCAGAAAUGAUUCAGGAAACGAAUCUCCACUUAAGAUCGCUCUAUUUUCACUGGCAAAGAUGUGUGCACAUCCACUCUGUAGACAGUUCAUCCGUUCAUCACCUUUGUUCCCUGUGAUUGGAAGGCUUCAGCAGUCUCCAGAAUCAUCCAUAGCCAAAUAUGCCUCCGUCAUCAUUGGUAAAGUUGCUGAACCUUGACAUUUUAAGUCUACUUCCACUCAAUGCUUCUUGAAUUGUACGGACGCUGUAACACUGCAAAUAAGUGAUUUUUUGACUAAUCAUGACUUGCAGCCAUACCAAAGACAAAGUCAUCUUUGGUAUAUGAGAUGAUUGUUUAUAUAUGUAAAAUAUGCAAUGUACAUAUAUUGUAAUGUUUAUUCUAACUCUUUA